AUGGUCAAGCUAAGCCUUCUUAUCGCUGCUCUUCUGUGCUCGGCUGUUGCCGCCUUUGCUCCUGCAAGCGCCCCCAGACAGUUCGCUGCCAAGCCAUUGGCUGCCGCAUCACUGGACACAGAGGUCGACGCCAUUGGAAACAACAUUGCGAUUAAGGAAUUGUUGGCGCAAAUUGAAGAAUCCAAACUUUUGUCUGCUGUCGCCAAGUCUGGACUCUUGUCCAAGGCCCAAGCAGCUGGAAUCUCCCUUUCCAAGUUGGAAACUAUCUUGGGAUAUGUCGCGGAACAGCCCGAACUUUUGAUCUUGGUGGAAGCAUCUGGACCUGAUCUCCUUCCCAUCCUUCCUACCAUUAUCGAAUUGGCUCCCGCUGGUCUUCCUCUUGCGACUGCUGCCAUUGGAAUCCCACCUGCUGGUCUUCAGGCUGCUGGAAUUGCUAGUCUUAUCGCCGCCGCCGGAAUUGUUGCUGUUGUCCCCGAUGACACUGCCGUAAAUGUUGCUGUACAAACUUUGGCUGUGGGUGUUUUGGGACUUGCUGCCCCCGUUGCAUCAUUUGCUGGUUCCGUUGUUUUGGGAAAACUCACCAAAUAA